UAGAAACUUGAUCGAGACAACCAACCCUCAGCACCGCGCGCAAAGACUCCGCCGCUUCGGCUUCGCCCCUAUUCCUGUUUCUCACGCAAACGGUCCGUUCUAUUUCCAGGCAAAAAAAAAGGGAACCCCUCCACCCUCCACACAGUGAGCCUCUCCAUUCUACUACCGAUCUUCCGCUGUCCAAAACUGUUUGCACAAUGUCUACCGCAGUCAUUUCGGCCGACGAUGACCUCGGCGACCUGUCGCCCACUCUCGAGUCCAUAAUACAGCCCAACAAGCUGCGCUGGAUCUUCGUGGGUGGCAAGGGCGGUGUCGGCAAGACAACAACCUCCUGCUCCCUGGCCAUUCAACUUGCAAAGCACCGCAAAUCCGUUCUCCUCAUAUCCACCGACCCGGCCCACAACCUCUCCGAUGCGUUCAAUCAGAAGUUCGGGAAGGACGCUCGCCUAGUUGACGGCUUUACCAACUUGUCUGCCAUGGAAAUCGACCCAAAUGGCAGCAUACAAGAUCUUCUUGCGGCCGGUGGAGAAGGUGCCGAGGAGGCCAUGGCGGGCAUGGGAGGCAUGGGCAACAUGUUCCAGGACCUUGCUUUCUCGAUACCCGGUGUAGAUGAGGCGAUGAGCUUUGCAGAGGUGCUUAAGCAAGUCAAGAGCUUGAGUUACGAGGUUAUCAUCUUCGACACUGCGCCCACAGGUCACACACUUCGCUUCCUGCAGUUCCCCACCGUGAUGGAGAAGGCUCUCGCGAAGCUCUCCCAACUGUCCACUCAAUUCGGUCCCAUGCUCAACUCCUUCCUCGGUGCGCGUGGUGGUCUUCCAGGCGGCCAAAACCUAGACGAUGUGCUCGCUAAGAUGGAGUCUUUGCGCGAGACCAUCUCGGAGGUGAACAACCAAUUCAAGGACCCGGACCUGACGACGUUCGUGUGCGUGUGCAUACCCGAGUUCCUGUCGCUGUACGAGACGGAGCGCAUGAUCCAGGAGCUGUCCAGCUACAACAUCGACACACACGCCAUCGUUGUGAACCAGCUCCUGUUCCCAAAGAAGGACAACCCGUGUGAACAGUGUAACGCGCGACGCAAGAUGCAGAAGAAGUACCUAGAGCAGAUAGAGGAGCUCUAUGACGAGUUCAACGUGGUCAAGAUGCCGCUUUUGGUCGAGGAAGUCAGAGGGAAGGAGAAGCUUGAGAAAUUCAGCGAGAUGCUUGUCACGCCAUUCCAACCACCAGAGUAGAUCAUUUGAUUCGACAUUUCUGGGCAACGAGAUCAUGGUACCGUAAUGAUGGCGAAGGUUUUGUGUAUGUGGAAAGGUUCACGUUCCAGUUGGAAAUCAUCAGUCUUCUUAGAGAGUUCGGCACCCCUAGCAGACGGCAACGGGUAGACUAGAAAUAACGUUGAGACAUGUCCGACACGCUUAACGCACUCUUCAGCAUCAAUCAAGCUUCUGCACUACCAUGCGUGAUGGAACUCUGUCCGCCCAACACUCUCCAAGCAAAUCGCUGUCCGUCAAUGGCAAUUUGCAACUUGACACAGAGCACAAUAUGCCGUUGAGAUUCCGGAAAAUCAACAAAAAUCCCUUCUUCAAUAUUUGUGCAUCAAAUACAAGUCGUAUCCAUUUGCUCCUCAAGGACGUUGUCGGAGUCGGCGUUGAGCUCCGAACUUCGUCUUGCGAUGAGCCAGAUUCGGCAAGGGACUCGCCUUUGACCAUAUCCGAAUUAAUGACUCCGCAUCUUCUUUUGGACAUGCAAUGCUACCUUGCAAGUGGC